CCCGUUGCUUCUUUCCAUCCGACGGACCACGUUUCCCUUUGCCCGCCGACUCGGUUUCUUUCUCUCUCCGCAUCCUCGAUAACAACUACACCAAACGCGAAACCAACGCACGGAGAAGAGCGUUGCGGAUUCCACCCCUUCUCUUCCCUCUUCCGUCUUCUCCUUCCAGUCUCGCCACUGUCUCCAGCUCUGGUUUGGGAUAUCCGCCGCCUGUUAGGAGCGCAGGGAGUUGCCGGCUGCGUGGGGUUACUCCUCCAGAGUCCAGCUCUGUCGAUCGGGGUAGAUGAUCUCGUGCCAAAGGCGUCUCCUUUUUCUUUAGUUUGAUCUGCUACAGAUCAAGCCUUCCUCAGCUGAUUUCUGGGAACUGAUAGGCAGAGAGGAGGCAGAGAUGGGAGCUGAUCAUCUCAGUGAGGUUGGAAGCUGCUACGGGAUUGAGGAUGUUGCAUUGGAAGAAGAAACGCCAUCCGGUAGCAACGGCUUGCGUACUCGACACAAGUGUCCGGAGACGGGCAAGGCCAAGCAACCACCGGUUCAGGAGGCGGUGCCUCCUGGUCCGGGGGCUGAGCUUGUCGCAGACCGACACGCCAAUAUCAAAUCCGAGAUUUGCCCUCUCGACGACGAUCACAGAUCUGUAUCGAAGGACAGCGAGGGGUUCGGCAGCUCCAAACGAAAGCAUGCAAGCAAAGGCGGAUCGGGGAUCCCUACAUGCCCGGAGUGCGGGAAGACGUUUGCUUCAGAUAAGGCACUUUUUGGCCACUUGCGGUGCCACCCGGAGAGAGAUUACAGGGGAGCUAAUCCGCCACCGGGCUCACUGAAGCAGCCGAAGCCGGACGCCGGUCCUUCUGCCGCGAGAGAUCUGCCUGCGAAAAAGUGGCAUACGACCGCAAGAAGAGGUCGACAAGGGACGGCCAGCGGCGGCGGCGACGCCGAAGAUCUUUUAGAGUCUGCUGCCAUGACCAUAUUGCGUAUGGCACAUGCAGAGCACCGGGGUCGGGCCGCAAUCACUGCUGAGGAGGAAGGAAGUCAGACGAAACAACUUCAGCUCACUCAGCAACGGAAGCAUCUGCCUUGACAUCCUGUAGGAGCGGUGGAGUCCUGCUCUGACAAUAUCCAAGGUGAAUGUACUUGACAAUAUACUUUAACGCACCAAAUAUCAACAGUAACAGUAACGGAACCAUUUGAUAUCUUAAAGGUCAAUGUACUUCAACGAACCAAA